UCCCUAGCUCUAGCUCUGGUUACUCAUCUUUGGCCGGCAAUGUCGUUGCCCGCUUCAGACGCCGCUGCAGGCCGCCGUCCGGAUCUGUUGGGCAGACAGCGGCCGAGCCGCUCUUUUUUGUCUAAAUUCGGUUUAUGGCUUGAUAAUUGGCUUUUUCGUUGUUCUCUUUUUGUUGUGAUUCGUCGCCCCAUUGAAAUCGAAAUCGAAAUGGAAAUGAAAAUGGAAAUAAGAUAUGUAUGCUCGCCGAUUGAAUCAAUUUAUUUCAAUUUCGCACAUCGACGGGAAACGUUGUGUUUGCGGCAACUCACAGAUUUCGAUCAGUGAUUGAUAAAACUACGAAAUGGGGCAACAGCUUAUGAAACUCAUUUGGAUAUUGUGCUGCACUCUGUGCCUUCUCCUCCGAUUCGAUUUUGUCUGGGGCAGCUUGCCUGCUUGCAACUGCAUACGCCUCCGAGAGUGCGUUGCAUUCAGCCGCCUUCUGCUGCAUCAUCAGCCCGAAGAGAGUGCCGAUGUCUUUGCGCAGGUACACGCCGCCGGCUGUGGUUUUGAAGGACUCGACCCACUGGUCUGCUGUCCCCAUCGACACCGCCAUGAGUCAUCAACGGUCAGUGCCAUGCGCAUGCUGCGCUUUGCCCCAACGGACGAGCGCUGGAUAUGGGGAGAGAACACACACCUGGACAGCCAGGACGAAACGGAAAUGAAUCUGCACAAUUACUGGGACUUCAAGGAGCAAAGAAACUGCCCCCAGCCAGUGGAUGCCGAGUUCUACGAUCAUCGCUUUGCCAGUGGAGGUCACUCUCACGGUCACUCCUUCCGCUACAACAUCGAUCAUGGCAGCAGCGAUCCUCCACGAUCACCACGUCCUGCCCCAGAGGAUAAGCCCAUUGUGUUUCCUGGGGAUCUGCGCUUUCUUCGACAUGGCGGCGACCUGGAGACCGGCACAGACGUGAGUCAAGGUCCACCCUUGGCGCCCUUUACCACGGCCCUGCCACCGACUGCCACGCCCGCUUCUCCUCCUCCUCCUCCUCCUCCUCCUCCUCCACCUCUUGUUCCUACUUUUCCUGCGUCAGUGACCAACUGCGGGAUAAGCAUCGAAAGCCGAUUGCUCGGAGGAGAGCAGGCCACGGCCGGACAGUACCCAUGGCUGGCCAGGAUCGCCUACCGAAACAGAAGCAGCCGCCGCAUCAGCUACCGCUGCUCCGGAUCCCUGAUAGCCAGCAACUAUGUGGUGACCGCCGCCCAUUGUGUGGUCAACCUGGUCGCCGACCUGGAAGUAUCCCAUGUACGGCUCGGCGAUGCACCGUCCAAUGCGGAGGAUGCCUCCAAUCUGUUUUCCAUCGACCAAGUGUUGGUGCAUCCGAAUUUCGACCAGCCCCGUUAUGCCAACGACAUUGCUCUGUUGCGUCUCAACAGUACGGCCAGUACCUACACGCCCAUCUGCUUACCUUUGAACAGCAGUGAGGCACUCGGGAAUAGGCUGAUUGGACAAACGGGAGUUGCCGCCGGCUGGAGCACUUCAAAUUCGGAAGGCAAUGUCUCUACUUCAUCCAUGGCGCGGUUUAUUCGGCUGCCCAUUGUGAACACCACCAGCUGUGCGAUUGCGUACGCCACACUCAGCGAGAACUUCCAGCAGCCGAUUGUCAUCACGCCCAGUCACCUGUGUGCCCAGGGCCAGCCGAUGAAUGACGUGUGCCGUGGGGACAGCGGCGGCCCCUUUAUGGACGAUGGCACCUCUGGCCUGUUAGCCAAUGGACGCUAUACGCUCAUUGGCAUUGUCGCCUUUGGGCCGACCUUGUGUGGUGUUACCACGAUACCGGGCGUUUACACGCUGGUCAGCAGCUUUUCGGACUGGAUCCAGAGCAGCAUCGGCAGGACAUCGGCCAAUCCCAAUCCCUCCAACUUGUUAGCCGUGUCCGGUCAGUUCUAUUUCCCCAAUGAGGCCGCCCAAGUGCCCAACUAUGGCCGCUGCAUUACGCCCAAUCGGGAACGGGCACUGUGCAUACAUCUGGAGGAUUGCAAAUAUCUGUAUGGUGUGCUGACGACGAGCCCGCUACGCGACACCGACAGACUCUAUCUGAGUCGCAGCCAGUGUGGCUAUACGAACGGAAAGGUGCUGAUCUGCUGCCUGGAUCGGUACCGGGACACCAGCCCGACCACGAUGCCACAGACGGUCCAGCCCAACAUCACCAAUAGCAAUCUGCUGCCGCUGCCCGGCCAAUGCGGCAAUCUGCUGUCCAAUCGUAUUUACGGUGGCGUUCGAACCAAAAUCGACGAGUUCCCCUGGAUGGCAUUGAUAGAAUACACCAAGGCCGCCGGCAAAAAGGGCCAUCAUUGCGGCGGCUCCUUGAUCAGCACUCGGUAUGUGGUGACAGCCUCGCACUGUGUCAAUGGCAAAGCGCUGCCCGCCGACUGGCGGCUGACUGGUGUGCGCCUGGGCGAGUGGGACACCGCCACUGACCCCGACUGUGAGGUGGAUGUACGGGGAAUGAAGGACUGUGCUCCUGCGCAUUUGGAUGUGCCUGUGGAGCGCACUAUACCGCAUCCCUCCUACAUUCCCAGCUCCAAGAACCAAGUUAACGACAUUGCAUUGCUGCGUUUGGGCAGCCAAGUGGAGUACACCGACUUUGUGCGUCCCAUUUGCUUGCCCCUGGACGUGAAUCUGCGCUCAGCCACGUUUGAUGGCAUCACCAUGGAUGUGGCUGGCUGGGGAAAGACGGAAGAGCUGUCCUCCAGCAAUCUGAAGCUCAAGGCUGCCGUGGAGGGGACCAGAAUGGACGACUGCCAGGCCGUGUACAAUCGCCAGGACAUAAUGCUGGAGGAUACGCAGAUGUGUGCAGGCGGCAAGGAGGGCAUCGACUCGUGUCGCGGCGACUCCGGGGGUCCGCUGAUAGGCCUGGACACAAACAAAGUCAACACGUACUAUUUCUUGGCGGGCGUCGUUUCGUUUGGCCCCACGCCGUGCGGCCUGGCCGGUUGGCCGGGAGUGUACACGCUCGUGGGAAAGUACGUUGACUGGAUACAGAGCACAAUUGAGCCAUAAAUGUUGUCUAAGUGUAAUUGUAAAACACAUUUAACUUGUAAAUUGUAAAUAAAUUUGAAAUAAAUUACGAUUG